AUGUCGAUGCCAUCGAAUAAAUGGCAUGGUUCAAAAUUUGUUGGGUGUUACAAACAAGCUGUUAAUGGAAAGAAAAGUGGGACAUCGAAGAACGAUAUCAUGGCCUCUGCACAUGCUUUUUUUGCUCAGGAUCAAGGUACAACAUUCAAUCUUGAGUACGCAUGGCGACUGUUAAAAGAUGAACCUAAAUGGAUGGGAGAAUCGAUUGGAAGUUCUUCAAAAAUAACAAAGACUUCCGCUAGUGGGGCAUCAUCGGAGAACCCAGAUACACAUUCAAGUUAUGAGUUUAACUCAUCAUCACCAAUGGAGCGUCCAAUGGGACAAAAAGCAGCAAAAAGGAAGGGUAAGACAAAUAACAUUUCAACUGCAACGGAAGAUGCAAGGAAUAAAAGAACAACGGCAAUGGAAAGACUAGCGCAAUGUAAGGAGGACGAGAUAGAAGUAAAGGAUUUGAUUGAAGAAGAAUUUAUGGACGAUAGUGAUGAAGAACAACAGCUUCAGAAUGAACGUCAAUCUGGAAGUUCUUCUCGACCAAAGAGAAGAACAACGAUAGAUUGA